AUGCGAAGACGGUGUCUACAUGUGCAUGGAACUGGGUAAAUGCUCUGUUUAGCUUAAGGGUAUAUAUUUGAAUAUACUUAUUUAGACACAGCCCACCUUAGUUACACAAUGGAACAAAAAGCUUUGGCCUUGAGGUCAAUGGUGAAGAAGCAUCUUCCAACGACGGAGGAUAUAAACCCUCGAAACUGGAUGAAACACGAAAAUGUAAGGGAGUUUGCUGACUUCAUAUUGAACAAGAACAUGGACAUCGACACAGACGACAGCUUUGACAACAAAGAAAUGGUACUUCAAACAGAGAAGCAGUUUAUAGAAGCAGCUAAAAGAAAUGAUGUGGAGGCCAUGAAGACUCUUGGAAAAGGGCUGAACGCAAAUGCAAAGAAUGUGCAUAAUAGGACAGCCCUUCAUUAUGCAGUAGCUGGCAAAAACAUUGAAGCGGUGCAGUUUCUUCUACAGCGCAGGGUCAGAGUGGACCAAAAGGACAAGUAUGGCGUAGCACCUAUUCAUUUGGCUGCCUGGUUUGGCAGUUUGGACAUCCUGAAAUUAUUAGUGCAGUCUGGGGCUGAACAGAAGGUUGAGAACGAGGAAGGACUGAACAUCAUGCACUGUGCUGCUAUGAAUGACCACACUGAUGUUGUAGAGUACAUUAUUAAUGACCUGCAGAUGAAAGAACUAGACAAAGAAGACAAGUCAGGACAGCGAGCAUUUGCAUCAGCAGCAGAACAUGGCUGUGUUGAAAUGUUACAAACGCUGAUGGACCCAUACGAUAUGGCCACCAUGAAGCCCAACAAGCUCGGCGACACACCCCUCCACUUAGCAGCCAGGAAUGGCCACUUGGAUGCUGUCCAGCUGCUGCUGCAGAGCUUUGAUACUCGGGAUGAAGUCAAUAUGAAUGGUGAGACAGCUCUGUACCAGGCAGCAGACAAUGGUCAUGAAGGGUGUGUCAGGAUCAUGCUAGAGGCUGGCUGUGACCCCAACAUCCUCACAACGGCCAAUUGUAGUGCUCUCCAUCCAGUUUCAAAAAGAGGAGACAUGUCCGUUGUCCAACUCCUCUUAGACUUCAAAGCCAACACAGACUUUAAGAAUCAGAACCUAGAUGCUCCUCUCCACCUGGCAGUGAGGAACAGUCACAUCCCUACCAUCCAUUCUCUACUGAAGGCUGGCUGCAACAUCAACAUCACUGAUAAGAGGUCCCAGACUGCUAUACACAUUGCUGCAGAGCUGGCCAAAAUAGAAGUUGUGGAAAUGCUUCUUAAAGCCAGGCUGGAUCUGACACUCCGGGACAGGCAGGGUAAGACAGCCCUGGGUGUGGCAGUCAGAGCAGAUGAGGUGAUUAUUGUGGACAUGAUCAUCAAAGCAGAAAGAUACCAUACCUGGAGGACGGCCAACCCUGAGCUUAAUGAGAGUGUUCACAGCGAGUAUCCGUUAACGUUUAAACUCGACCACCGCUAUGAGACCAAGCAGCUCCGUUCGAUGGCAUGGCGUCUCGCGUACGAGCUCCUGAAACCAGGAGAUUGGCAAAGACUGGCAGAAUACUGGGGCUUCAACAAUGAGCAAGUGUCGGCUAUCAAGGAGCAGUGGACAGGUCAGCACAGUUAUAAAGAGCAUGGGAACAGGAUGCUGCUGAUCUGGCUCCAUGGGGAGGAGUUGGCUCAGAGGAGCCCUGCUAAAGAACUUUUCCAGGGCCUCAUCCUCACAGGGAACAGGAAAGCUGCAGAUAAAAUUCGAAUGGAGGCAGAGAGUGCCAGCAGUAAGAGCUGCAGCAUUUCAUGAGAAUGUAACAUGUGGGUUGAAAAAAUGAACUCCAUGUUUACAUCAUUUUCAGCUACUCAACUGUGCAGGAAGUUACCAGUAAA